CGUUGUUAAGUACGAUUAACCAGCAAAUCGUAGUUCGUAGUAGCGGCUAAUGUAAAUCAUUUAAAAAAUCGUGCAGGUACUUCGACUUGAAUUUUUUCACAUAUUAAAAUACGAUUCGCUUCGUUUAUCGAAUAGAAACUCAAAUCAGCGAGUCAAAUAAAUCCAGCUGCUGUUCUUCCGUGAAACGGCUCUUAAAGAUGACUUAUUAUUCGAUGGAGCUUUGAGCCUCUUAACAAUCUUUGCGUGGAACAUUGUGGUGAAAAUCCUGGUUAGAGAUCGAGAUAACCUUUAGAUUCGGAGCUGUUGAGCACUGAACCACUUUUUAAACUUGUUUUUCCUCAAGCAAAAAAUAUUUUGGGAUGUCCUACCAAGCCAUUCCUCCUGGAGACAUCUGUGUACCAGAUGCCUCCAUUAUUCAAUACAGCGGGUUUGGGGUUACCAAUCCGCUGCUCCAGCUCAGUGAUGUGUGCUUCCAAACAAUUAUUAUCAACAAUCGUAGAAGUCAUUUACGUGACCGGUUGAAGUACAUUUUUUGUUAAAAUGAACGUGGUAGAAUUUUUUGAAGGAAAAACAAUUUUCGUAACAGGCGCGACUGGAUUUAUAGGAAAAGUUCUUAUAGAAAAACUAUUGAGGUCUUGCCCUGGAAUAGAGCAAAUCUACGUUUUACUUAGACCUAAAAAAGGGAGUGGUAUUGAAGAAAGAUUAAAUAAACUCAAGGAAUCGACUAUAUUCGAUUUAAUCAGAAAAAAUAAUCCUGAAGUCCUUAAUAAAGUGAUAGCGAUUAAAGGAGAUGUUUCAGAAUUGUAUUUAGGAUUAAGCGAUUCGGAUAGACAAUUGUUGGUAGAUAAUGUCAAUAUAAUAUAUCAUUCAGCAGCAUCUAUUCGUUUCGAUGAUUUCCUGGAAGAUUCGAUCAUUUUAAAUGUGAGAGGAACGAGAGAAAUUUCACAAUUAGCUUUAGAUUUGAAAAAUCCGACUAUUUUCGUACAUAUUUCUACCGCUUAUUCCAAUACACAUCAAUACGAGCUUGAAGAACGGCUCUAUCCUCCGCAUGGCGAUUGGAGAGACGCUAUACUUUUAGCCGAAACCUGCGAUAAAGAAUUAAUACAUAUAAUGACCGAAAAAUAUAUUUAUCCCCAUGUUAAUACGUAUACUUUCGCUAAAGGUUUAGGAGAACAAGUCGUAAAUGACAUGUGUAAAGGGAAAAUGCAAACCAUCAUAACUCGACCAUCGAUAGUUGUUAAUACUUUGGAAGAACCUAUACCAGGUUGGAACGACAAUUUCAAUGGUCCUCUAUCAUUAAUGAUAGCGCAUGGAAAAGGUAUUAUAGGAGUGGCUCUAAGUAAGAGAGAAGGCAAUAUUAAUUAUGUCCCAGUAGAUAUUGUAAUAAAAGGGAUUAUUCUAGCUACUUAUAAUAAUACCAAGAAAAACAAUAAGAACGAGGUUGAGGUAUAUAAUAUCACGCAAAGUACUAUCAACACCUCGCAAGGAAAAUUUUUUAAAAUGGCUCUGAGGAUAAUCCACAGGGAACCGUUUCCGGACCUCCUAUGGUAUCCAAAUUUGAAACUAACUACUUGUUUUUACAACUAUUAUAUCCAGUUUAUUCUAUUUCACAUUUUACCCGGAUUUUUACUCGAUCUUUUAUUGAGAUUAAUAGGCAGAAAGGCGAAGGUUGUACGAAUUCUAAGAAAAAUCUUCAUAGCUAUGUAUAUGUUAAAACAUUUUGUACUUGAAAAUUAUUCAUUCAAAAACGACAAAAUGAUCGAGAUGCAAAAAAAACUAAAAGAAGACGAACGUAAUUUUUGGUAUCCACAUGAAUUAACUGAAAAUGAACUUUUUUCUUAUAUAUCCAAAUCAAAAACAGGAUUAAGUUUGUAUGUUCUAAAUGAAUAUGUUGAUCCCACAGGACGAAAGGAAUUCAAAAGACUAGUAAAGUUUUGGUACGCAGAUAUUUCAUUAAAAAUAUUUUUUUCCGUCUUAUUGAUUUGGUUACUUAUUGUUAAAACAAAUUUCUUGGGAAUAUCGAGAAACAUCUUGGAUUAUUAUUUUGAAAAUACUUCAACCACAGUAUCAAUGUGAAUUAAAAAAAUUCGGUAUGGCAGGAAAUAGGUUUUUUCUUAUUUUUAUAUUUUAAUUUUAAUAAACUGAAUUAAUAAUA